GAGCGCUUCCUUGACCCGAUUCAUCAUAAUAACCCGACCACAUCCCGACCCGUCAAACUCGGCCACAGGUGGAUGGAGUACCAAGGGAUCCAAAACUGGGACGGACUACUUGACCCGCUCGAUGCUACAUUACGAGGCGAGAUCUUGCGGUACGGGAAAUUCGUUGACGCGGCUUAUCAGUCCUUUGACUUUGAUCCCUCUUCACACUCCUACGCUACCUGCCGGUUCCCUAAAAGCUCAUUGUUGGACCGGUCUGGUUUAACUCAAACCGGUUACCACGUCACCAAGAAUCUCCGCGCAACAUCUGGGAUUCAACUGCCACGUUGGAUCGACAGGGCUCCUAGCUGGCUAGCAACUCUGUCUAGCUGGAUUGGCUACGUGGCAGUCUGUCAGGACAAAAAUGAGAUUGCAAGACUGGGACGUAGAGAUGUUGUGAUUGCCUUUCGAGGCACCGCCACGUGUCUCGAGUGGCUUGAGAAUCUCCGCGCCACCCUCAGCCCAGUUCAUUCCGGGAAGCCCGGCCCAAUGGUGGAAAGCGGGUUCCUCAGCCUCUACUACUCCGGCAAUUCCACGUCACUAAGUUUGAGAGACAUGGUACGCGAAGAAAUCAAGCGUCUCCUCCAAUCCUAUGGCGGUGAGCCUCUCAGCUUAACUAUCACCGGCCACAGUCUGGGAGCAGCCCUCGCUACACUCGCGGCGUACGAUAUCAAGAAAGCGUUCAAACGUGCGCCUCUCGUAACCGUCAUUUCCUUCGGCGGUCCACGUGUAGGAAACCGUAGCUUCAGGCGGCAGUUAGAGAAACACGGCACAAAAGUUCUGCGAAUAGUGAACGACGACGAUCUAAUAACCAAAAUACCCGGAUUCGUGAUCAACGACGACGUGUCAAAAAACGGAGACGUACAUGUGGCCAGGCUGCCCAGGUGGAUCCGAAAACGGGUGGAGGACACACGGUGGGUGUACGCGGAGGUGGGAAGAGAGCUGCGGGUGAGAAGCAGAGACUCACCGUACCUGAAAAGCGUGAAUUUGGCCACUUGUCAUGAGCUGAAGACGUACCUUCAUUUGGUAGAUGGAUUUGUAAGCUCAACGUGUCCCUUCAGGGCCACCGUCCAAGACGUCUUUCCUUAA